UCUAUGUGCUUGUGCUUCUAUCGUGUUCAGCCCAGUGCACACUUCACCCCACAGAGAGGAGAUAAACAGCAGUCAUUCACAACCGAAUGCAACCCAAAUGAUCACCUUCCUGAGCGCUGUUCGUUCUGUCGACAUGAUAAGAGACGUUGCGUCAUCUCCAGCCCCACCACCAUCCAUCCAUCCAUGCUGCCUGUGCGUUAUGGACACCGAAAGCCGGUGUAUUUGUAUGUACAGUACUGUGCAGAAGUCCAUCUGGGAAAUUCAUGUGUACACCUGUGUCUCUCGAUAAUUUUUUAACAAUCGCAACUAUUUUGGGAACAGGAAUUUUAGGUCUUCCAGUCACGAUCGCUCAUGCGGGACUGAUGCCCUUUUUGGUCUCCUUCCUUACUGGCUUCGUUAUGCAGGCUCUACUCAUAUACCUGUUUGUGGAUUUGCUUCAGCGAUGUCGAGCUGCACAAAUAGAGUCUGUAAAGUGUGUAGAGAUGGAGCGAAUUCUAAUGCGGGACGUCAGCCUAGAGGAGCCCUCUGCACCCAACACUGAGGAGGGAGAAGUAGAGGACGUAGAGGAAGCAGACACAGGCCUGCUGCAGAAGGAUGCCACAGCACUGAAGCUGCAAGAGGAGCUGCAGCCCAACUUGCACAUGCUGGGCAUGCUCUUCCUGAGCAAACGUUGCAGCCAAGCCUUUGAUCUGGUGCUGCUCUCUCAGUUUGUGUCUAUUGGGAUCAGUUACGUUUUGGCUGGGAGUGAGGCCUACGCUGCACUGCUUCAUAUCAGUCAUAUCUACGUUAUCCCUGUAUUUACAUGGACACUCUCAUUGAGUAUUCUACUGGCCCAGGUCAUCAUUCAGCCAAUCACAUCCUUGCUGACGCUCCUGAAAGGAAUCCUUUUGAUUAUAACAGUGGCGGUGACAUUUGUCGUGGGUUCAGAGGUUCACCAGGAGACCACGAAUGACUUCACCCAAAUUGGGAAACCUUUUCUUAUGGGAACUGUUGCUCUUGGUGGUAUUGUCAAUGUGAUGCCUUUCAUAUUUUCGGAUAUUUCAUACAAUAAAACUCAGGUCAUGUGGUUCAGAAGAGUUGUACUGGGAGGUCUUGCUACAUGUACAGUCCUGAAUGUAUUAUGGUGUUGGGCAGUGUUAGAGAUUGUUCCCCAGAUGGCUGUCGAGUCCGUCCUGGAGGAGAGGCCCUUAAAUACCAGCGUGGUCCGGAUGGAGACCACUCUACCGACACACACAUUUAUCUACUCCAACAUCUCCCUGGAGGACUCUGAAAAAGCUGGUGAGAUUGCAACAAUACCUCUCACGAAGAUUAUAACUCAAAGGUACAGGCGCUUCUCCUGGGUGGCGGAGUUGAUCCAGAUUUUCAUCACCAUCAGUAUAACCGUGUCCUUCCUUGUUAUGGGCUCUGCAAUGAAGCAUACAAUCGAUGGCCUUCUGAACGCACACUGGAAGGCCAAUGCAGGGUGGCUGGUGAGAAUCCAAGCGAGGAUAUUACCCCAAAGCUUCCAGAGCUGCACUGCAAGAAGUGCCACCAGUGGUUUCGUGUCUUUCCUGGCGUUCGGGAUCAUUUUUGUCGUGUCGGCGUGUGAUCCAAAGGGAUUUGUCAUAAUGCUUGACAAGGUUGUUUCCUUCUCCUUAAACACUGAAGUGGGCUUUUUCAUUUUUCUGAUGCUGAGAGCUUCCAGAUCAGAGCGAUUUAACCUCUUCAGAGCUGUGUUCUGCUUACAGACAUCUGACAGUGCCUCUGCCAGCAAGGGAGAAGCUCUUCAGGCUCCACUGGCUCCUGCCAGUCUACUUCCUCUUUGCCGUGGCUUACGACGUUUCCCAGAGCCUGCUGGAUAUAUCGAAGAGCCUGUCCCGUUCCCUUCACACCAACACGUCUCUGAUGUGAGAGCUGGGGAGUGGACUGAGGAUAACAGUCAAGUUUAGUCCAAAGAGACUCAUGCACACUGCAUGUCAAGUAGAGCAAGAUAUUCUACAGCCUCUGCUGCUGAGAGUCCUCAGGGAUGGAGUUUGUUCCAAACAUGCUGAGCCAGCGUCAUGUGCCAAAUGAGCUCAACGACUAUGUGAUACAGAAUAUACUGGAAGACCUAACUAGCAGUUGGAAUUGGUCACAACUGAAGUAUUGAGAAAAUAGGCAAAAUAAAAUAAAUAAAAAUAAUUAAUUAAAUAAUUAAAUUAACUAAAAUUUCAGCAUAGUGGCUGAAAAGGAAGUCUGUGUUUUUUCCAUAUAUGAAAAAAAAGCUUGGUAUAUGUUUUUAUUUUCUGCAGUACUGUGCAAUGUCAGAGAACACCAUUUAUUAUUCAUUCUCCAGGAGAUACAUCUAAUGUCCUCAGAAAAACAGAACAUUUGUAAAAGGAAGGGGGAGGUCAAGGAAAAUAAGUUAUUUAUUAAAAGAUUUAGGGAAUAACCGCGCAAGACAUGGUAGACCACCAAACCAGUCAAUAAUUUAAAGAGUUUUUAAAGCUUUCAUCUUCGACAGAGAGGAGAAAAUCAAGCUUCAGAUCUGAAGGGAAAAAAAAAGUUUCUGUCUGUUCUUCCACUGUGAGAAGACAACUCAAUGCUAUGGGCCUGAAAGGACGUGUAGCUGUCAGGAUGCUGAGAAAUAUGCCAAAAGUUGUAAAUCAAAAAGAAGCUACUGGUUUUCUCAGGACAAUGAACUGACCACCCCAGAGCUCAGGCAUGAAAUGUAGUUUCUUAAAGUAUGCAAGCUUUACUUUUUUGAGUAACACGUAUAAUAUAAUAAUAGCUAUUUUGACUGGAAAGCAAAUGAAGGGAGGUCUCUGACUUUGGCACAGUACUGUAUUACACUGCUGUGUAAAUAAUUCCUCCACAUUUGUGUAUUCAGUGCAUUGAAUUUUUUUCCCUAAAUAUCUGUAAUCAAAUCUUUUAGGUCAUCUGAGAUUUACACCCCUAUUACAAAUGUACAGGGAUUACUAACCUCACUUGAUUUCAUAAGUGGGAGUAGUAGUAAUUGCAGUACUCAUGCAUGCAUAUACUCGUACUACAAACAAGCUUGCAAAUUAAAAUUGCAUGGUUUUUCUUUGCUGUCAAAUACAGUGGCAUGUUUAGCAUUAUGUAAUUGUCAAACAUAGGAACAAGCAACACAUAAUUCAUAAUUGACAGCAAGUAAACAUAAGUGUGCAACAUAUUUACAUUGGCUUCAAUUAUAAAUGUUUAACUGUUGAAACAGCAUCAAGUCAAUAUUGGCAGAAGCUAUGAGGAGGAUUUAUUUAUUGAUUAAUGAAAUUUAUGUUGCCAGUAAAUCUGAGCACCACAAAAAGGGACACGACUCAGUGUUGUUGGCUUUUGGAUUUCAUUCACUUCAUCAGGCAGCUUUGUUGAUUCUUGCCGAGACCGGUUGGUUCAGCUCAUCAUAACUAGGCCCAUAUAUAGUCUCUGUAUAAGGUAAGAUUUAUAUUGUAUCAUAACUGAACUCAUAAUUAUUCUGAUUGUUUGGCACUCACCCACCUCUUAAGCAGAAUAUUGUGUAUGAUUGAUGUAUCUUUUCCUGGCCCAUUUUCUGCUGUAUUUAUGGCAUUUUUGAACAUUUAUUAAAUGUUCAAAAUAUUUAUUAAAUUUAUUAAAUUAUUAUAAUCUGUCUACACCCAAAAUAAAUGCAGUUCCUUUCAGCAUCACAAAGGAAAAGAGAGUAACACUUUUGGUAAUAUCAAAAUAUAGUUUAUUUUGGACUUUGAUCUGAUUUAAAUGACAACAAAUCAAUGCAAUGCAAGGUGCAAG